CCCCAGCCGCUCCCCAGCAGACCUGUGCUCCAGACCCUGCCCCAGUUCCGUUGCCCUUCUCUGGACAUGCUCGAGUCAUUCAAUGGCCUUUUUGAAGUUAGGGGCCCAAAACUCAACCCAGUAAUCAAGCACCAGACAAAGCUCCCCUCCUUUUGGUGGGCUUAGUGAACCUGACCUGUUGGGCUAUGUCACCGCUCAGCAAAUGCCUGUGCCUUGGCAGCCUCAUGGGAGACAUCUGCCUGUACUGGCAUGUUUGCAGGCACCGCUUACCUCUUCAACCCCCUGCCUGUCCUGCCUGGACCACCUCCUCCAUCCCCACUUGGGGCUCUGGGGCAAUCCCUCUCCUUGGAAAGGCCUUCUGCCCAGGUGUGUCACUGCAGCUGUCACCCCAUUGCAGUUUUAUUUCAGAGGGUGAAUCCAGCUCUUCAGCUUCCAACAAGUUAGAAAAGCUUGUGCUUUUCGGCAGGUCAAGGCCGGGUUGGAUGGGGCUUUGAGCAAUCUGCUCUAGUGGAAGGUGUCCCUACCCGUGGCAGAGGGGUCAGACGCGACGAUCCUGGAAGGUCCCUUCCAGCCAAACCACGCUCUGAACUAAAGCUGCCUCAUCUUCUUCCCUUCUGACAUCCACUGCUUGCAAUGGCCACGCCGUGCUCUAAUAAACCUUAUUUAUGUAACACAGCAAGGCUUGGUGAAUGUCUGUUCUGAGUCCUUGUUCCUGCUCACUGCUCGGUUGACUUAAUCAGAGGUCAGAAACUGGCUGAUGGCUUCAUCAAAGAUGGGGAUGCACAAGCCGCGGUGCACGGGGAGACACACAUGCCCUAGUGCGAGGGGAUUGCAGUGUCUGGGUGCACAGAGGGAACACGCACCCUGCUGCAAGGCAGAGCUAAUCCCACGGCCCGUUUCCCCCCGGCAGCGCCGGCAGCACCACCCAGGAGGUGGGACGGGCAGCCCUGGGAGCGGCUGCACCUGCCGGAGGGCAAAGUGCGGGGCAAGGGCUGGGCAGCCCACGGAAGGCAGCCAUGGAGCGGUAUGUCCCUGACCGGCCCCAGCGGGCAGCACCAGGGAGCACAGGGGGGAGGCAGUGUGGGCACAGGUGGGUGCUGGGGGCCGGGAGGGAGCUGUGGGUGCAGGUAGGGACUGUGGGCAUAGGCAGGAGCUGUGGGCACAGGCCGGCACUCUGCAGAAUGAGUGUGGGGAGGCAUCAGCCAACGCAGCGACUGCCAGUGUGGCUCCUCUGUCAUCUCUCUGCCAGCCCGAGAGCUGCACGGCUCUGCAGCAUCACUGUCCUGCUGGGUGCUGCCCUCCUCCUGCCCACACCUGGAGGCGCCCAGGUAAGCCCACACUCUCCGCCUCACCCUCCUGCUACCCUGCGUGACAAACUGGCACAGGGAGACUCAUGCGUGAGCUGUGCCACCCCCUGGAACCCUCCUCUCUCCCCACAGGCUCCGAGGGACACUGAGUGGCAGGGCGUGGCCACCGAGCAGGAUUUGGCCAAGGAAACCAUCCUGGGUGUGCAAUCCGUGGAGGCGCUGGAGGAGGGCGAGACCUCCAAUGGACUGCAACCAGGUAUAAAGGUCUUCUCCAGCAGUGCCUGGGCUCAAUGGGGCCCCCGCCAAGCCCAGGUGGGACCUGAGGAGGAUCGCGACCACCUCCACCACCCCCAGGAUGAUGCCAGGGAGGAUGAUCCCCAUGGGCUGCCUCAGACACUGGCUCUGGAGGUGCAGAGUGGCCCAGAAGAGGACCGUGAUCAUCUCCACCAUGGCUGAGCAGAUGAGUGCCUGGGCGCCACCCCUGGGGCUUCCCUAGGGGAUUCAUCCCUCCCUUCCCACCCCUGAGUCCCCACAAUAAACCCAUUCCUCCCUCCAUGUCCUGGUGGGCUCCUCAUUGCUGCCAGAAACCUAUUGCUAAGUGCAGGGUCUCCAGAUCUGGGGCUUGCCCAAAGACCCCAAGCAGGUGAGGAUGAUGCCUUCGAGUGGGGGACUCAGCCCAUCACCCCAGCCUCAGUUCAGCCCAGGUGGGGCUGAGGCCAGGCAAACUCAGCCCAUCAGUGUUGUGCCCAAGAAGGUACCAUGGGCUGUGCCCUCCCCUGGGGACACACGGCCCUAUUGCUCCACAAGGCUGCUCCUGCCCAGCCCAGCACUAGAAAGCAGCGUGAUGGAACGGAGCAGUGGGGGGUUCAGUGAACCCCAACAGUUCCCAGCUCAGGGGGACCCCACAGCAAGGAUGCCCCAUCUCCCAGCAGUGCCAGGGAAACCUUUUUAAUAGCGAUGGCAAAGGUGGUCCCUCCUGCUGGGUGUCUCACCCUGGGCGAGUACCACUUGCCAACAAUUCCUAGACCCCUCCACAGGAUGGCAUAGGGGGCUGAUGGGCAGCAGGUGGCCAUGGGGACCCCCACCACCCCAGGCUUAGCUGUCGGUGAAGUUCGCCUUGCGCUUCUCCACAAAUGCCGUCAUCCCUUCCUUGCGGUCAUCCUGCAAGGAGCGGAGACGUGAGGUUUG